ACGCGUAAAUAUUACAUGAUCAAAGAUGUCUGCGACCAGGUAUCGUCGGUUCCUGAAGCUGUGUGAGGAAUGGCCCCGAGACGAAACCAAGAAGGGCCGCGAUUUGGGAACGUUUCUGCGGCAGAGAGUCGCUUCUGCGUUCCGCGAGGGGGAGAACACGCAGAUUGCAGAUCCAGAGAAAUGUGACCAGAUGUAUGAAAGUUUGGCCCGUAUUAAUGGCAAUGUGUACAGACAAAGAUUUCCUCGUGUGAGAGACACAAGUUUUACUGGAAUUACAACAGAAGAGUGUCGGAUGCUUUUGUCAGAAAGUAUGCAACAAAGCAUGGACGAAGAAAAGAAGGGUUUGUGGAAAUCUUUAAUAAACAGAUUCUCCUUCAAAUCAUCAGAAGGCGGUCCAGAAAAAGCUCCUGAAAAAUAA